CACUGACGCAAAACAGGAGGCUACGCAACACUACGCAAUAACUGGAACCUAUGUGUCAUUUCAACGUUAUGGUAAGCUACUCGCGAUGGAUCAGAGCCUAUUUUCAGCUGAUGCAGUCAUCUUUUAAGCGUCAUUUGAAUCAUAAGCGAAUAGGCUGUAAGACGCUUAAAAGGGGAGUCUGAAAUCGCAUUUAGCAUACUGACAACCUGCCUGCGAGCCCAACAACAAGUGGGCCUAACCCACAAGAGACGGGAGUAAGAAUCCAGAGUAACCCAUUCAGUGUCCAUAACGGAUAACUUCAUCAAAGAAUUACACGCCAUUAUGCCUGCGUUUUCUUUUGAGGACUGGCCUAUUUCCAUAUCCACUGCAGACCUCGUGACCUCUCGUCUGCAUGGUGAAGAGACUUCUAUCCACCCAGAGAGGCAGAGAAAUCACUUGACUUCAAACAUUUUCACUCAUUAUGGUGAUAAUACUCUGUCGGAUUACUUGGUAGCGAACCACCUUGAUCGCUCGUGGAUAAAAGGAGACACCGGCUCACAUGGAGGAGUUGCGAAACAUAGAAACCAAGAUAAGGUACAGGGGUGCGUCGAUGUCACAAAUAAAUCUUACAGAACGCAUCCAAAUUCUGGUACGCAGUACGGAUAUAUCUUCGACGGGCAAAGAAAUCAGAAAUUGAAUGAACUUGAAGGAAAUGAUAGUUUGUGUUAUGAAGACCUUGCGUUCAAAAGGUAUGAGGCUCCAAUUCUGUCGCCGAGUCCGAACGUAACCGGUCCUACCCAAGAAAAAGUGAUAUGCUACUUGUGGGAAGUUGCAAAUCAAAAUGCAUACCUUCACGAAAGGCAAAAGUAUCGGUUUUACAUAAUCCCCGAUGGCAACUGCCUGUACCGGGCAGUGAGUAGGGCAGCCUACGGGAAUCAGUCAAAGCACAAGGAACUGAGAGAACAAGCAAUACAUUACAUCGCUGACCACUUAGAAGAAUUCAACCCUAUCAUCGAAGGAGAUGUCGGGGAUUUUCUUGUCAGUGCCUCGCAAGAAGGGGUAUGGGCUGGAUAUCCUGAGUUGUUGGCUUUGAGCAAGUUGCUCAACGUGAACAUUUAUCUGACCACUGGAGGAAGUUUUGCAAGCCCUACUGUGUCGACCAUGGUUCAUUUUCUAGGAGAGGAGAACUCAAGUAAACCUGUAGUUUGGCUAAGCUGGCUUAGUAAUGGUCACUAUGAUGUGGUGUUAAAUCGCAGUGUGCCCAACCCAGAGUAUGAAGAAUGGUAUGCUAUGGCCAACAGAAAUGAUGAAGAGCUGACCUUAUCAGUAUAGCCUAAUAGCGUUUAUUAGCCUAAAUGCAGCAGAAUGUCUUUUUGGCUACCAUUGGCCAUGUCUGUAGGUUGUCAAUAUCUGGCUUACCAAAUAUGCCAUUAUCUGCCUUAUUGGACCUUGAUAUUCAUUUUAAAGGAACGUUUUUCAGGGUUUAAGUGCUGUGCACACCUCAAGUAGGCUAUACUGUAUGUUUUAUAACUUUAGAAGAGUCUUUUUUUUUUUAAUUGCUGACAUUGCUUCUGACAUUGCUGUUUCACAAGUAGCCUAUCAUAAUGGAUCUUUAUGUUAAUUGGAAACUGCUUAACUUUUAAACUCAUGGACAUAACUUUUCUUAAAACAUUUUGAAAUAAACUGUUAAUGUCAA